CUGAGUAAGAGGAAAGCUGGUAAUGUGCGAAGGGGAGUGUGGCGCAUCCAUGUAAGGUGCUAUUAAUAUUUCUAUUGUGGUAUAAGGGUCUUUUAUAUAAAGGUCAUUUCUUGCAAAGUUUGACUAAUAUAUCAUGCUUAUCACCUAUUUCAUUUUUAUCAGAUUUAUUUAUUCCUAAUAAAAAAUAUAAAGCCACAAAGUAUUGUUUUUAUUUGUGAAUUUUAUGCAGGCAAUCCUGUACAGGUGACUGAAACUCUUUCUUCAUGCCUUAAAGAACAUACUGUACACAAGGCUACCAAAAGAACACAGCCUAAUGUCUACUUUCCUACAAGUAUAUUGUUGGUAAGGGCUCAGUCUAAAGGCUAAGGAUGUUUUUUGAUUUAAUGACCACUGAGAAAAUAAAUAGAGGAAAUAGAAAUAUAUGAAAGAAAGUAAUAAAAUUACUUUGAAAUACUUAAGACAGAAUAGGAGAAGAUUAAGACAAAAGGAGAAGAUAGAAAGCUAAAGUACUUAGUGUCUUUUAAAGUAGGUAUUGGUACUCAUGUAUUUAGUUGUUUGUAGACUGGAGAGGGUUUAUAACUUUUGUUAUAAAGUUCUGUGUGGUAGAGUUAUAACCAAAUUAAUGAUACGCUUAAAAUUUCAUCUUCACAUUUUAUACUCCAGUGCAAUUGGUUAGAACUAUCCAAUUCUAUGGCUUCUGCCUCAAAUAGUGACUUGUGAUAAUUGUUGUUUCUCUCUUCCCAUUUGAUUGAAGAAAAAGAUUCCGACAGACUCAUUCUCCUUUUAUCCUCCCCAAGGGCUAUUUGAAGAAAUAGAAUGUUAAAUAUGUUUCAUGAUUGGAACCAUGAAAAGGGAAAGCAAUGAGUCACAGAAAAUCCUUGAAAACACCAAAUAAUUGAGGCAAAUCUGAACAUGUAAAGGACCAUGGCUGAAACUGCAGUUUGCCUGGGAACAUUCAGUGCUGUGAAGACACUCUGGGAAGUGAGAAUACACAAGAUAAAUGAAGAAUUACAGAAAGAAAAGGAAUUCAGGCAGAGGUCUGCAGGAAGGCUGCUUCUUGUCUGGGAGGAGAGAGCUGCUUUAGCAAAGCUCAAAGAAAAAGUUAUUAAUGAAGGUGGAAGAGCAAUUUUAAGGAUAGAGGAAGAAGAAUGGAAGACAUUACCUUCAUGCUUAUUGAAACUAAUCCAUCUCCAGGAAUGGCAGCUUCACAGAACUAGUUUGCAGAAAAUUCCUCAAUUUAUUGGAAGAUUUCACAGCCUUGUUGUUCUGGAUCUAUCCCGGAACUCAAUUGAAAGUGUACCUAAAGAAAUUGGCCAGCUGACCAGUCUCCAAGAGCUGCUUCUCAGUUACAACAGAAUAAAAUCUGUUCCUAAGGAAAUAAGUAACUGCAUCAGUCUGGAAAGAUUGGAACUGGCUGUCAACAGAAGCAUCUGUGAUCUUCCUCCUCAGCUCAGUGACUUAAAGAAGCUGUCACACAUAGAUUUAUGCAUGAAUCAGUUUACUGCCAUCCCUUCAGCUCUCCUCAACAUGCCCAAUCUAGAAUGGUUAGAUAUGGGGGGAAACAAACUCCAGCAGCUUCCUGAUGCAAUUGACAGAAUGGAAAACCUCCACACUUUAUGGCUCCAAAGGAAUGAAAUAAACUGUUUGCCAGAAACCAUUGGUAAUAUGAAAAAUCUUAGUACUCUUGUUCUUAGCAACAACAAACUUAAGAAUAUUCCAGCUUGUAUGAAAGACUUGACAAAUCUGAGAUUUGUCAACUUCAGAGACAACCCACUGGAGCUAGAGGUAACACUCCCUCCGUGUGAGAACACAGAUGAGGAGGAGCAACAGGAAAUGUUUGGCAUUGACUUCAUGCACAUGUAUAUCCAGGAGUCACUCAAGAAAACAGGAAAUGUGGAAAGUUGUACUUCUGGUUCACCUCCUGUCAUGAAUCCUACUGAAUAAAGAAUGUAACUGUGAAUGAAAAAACUAUCAAGUACACUUCUUCACAGCAAGGAGGCUACAACAGGUUUCAAACAUUCUUGGGAAUUUUAUUUUUCCACUGAUGAGAACUGGUUUGCAUAUUUGUAAUUCCCAGUAAGACUGGAAAAUAUAAGACCUCUUCUUGGGUACAGGAAAGAUGAUAAAAUGGGGUUUUUUUGCUAAGAAGUGAAUUACCUUUUUUAAAAAAAACCCAGAUGAGUUUUA